AUGUCUGGAAAGCGCGGUCGAGGUUCUACCUCCGGUAACAAGCUCAAGAUGACUCUUGGUCUGCCAGUCGGCGCCGUCAUGAACUGCUGCGACAACUCCGGUGCCCGCAACCUGUACAUCAUCUCCGUCAAGGGUAUCGGUGCGCGUCUCAACCGCCUGCCCGCUGGCGGUGCCGGUGACAUGGUCAUGGCGACCGUCAAGAAGGGAAAGCCCGAGCUGAGGAAGAAGGUCAUGCCCGCCGUCAUUGUCCGCCAGAGCAAGCCAUGGAGGCGAGCAGACGGUAUCUACCUGUACUUCGAGGACAACGCCGGUGUCAUUGUCAACCCCAAGGGUGAGAUGAAGGGCUCCGCCAUCACUGGACCCGUCGCAAAGGAGGCCGCUGAGCUGUGGCCGCGUAUCGCUUCCAACUCCGGUGUCGUCAUGUGA